UAUCAAACUACAUACAUAAACGCUAAUUUACAGAUUGAAGGUGCCCGCUCUCGUGACGACGCUGUGUUCUACGCCGGCAAGAAAUGCGUGUACGUGUACAAGGCCAAGAAAAGGACCCCCAUCCCCGGCGGACCUCGCGGCAUCAAGACCAAGCUGCGUGCGAUCUGGGGCAAGGUGACGCGCCCGCACGGUAACUCUGGCAGUGUGCGAGCUCGCUUCAAGUCCAACCUCCCCGCUCAAGCUAUGGGACAUAGGAUACGUGUGAUGUUGUAUCCAUCAAGGAUUUAAACACCCUAAUGUAAGAAUAAAAUAUAAAAUCCAUAA